CUCCUCCUUCAGAUCAAGUGGCAGGUAGCCUAUAGAUAACAGAGACGUUGGCUAUCACUCUCUCGCCAACUCUGUACUCGUUGCGCUGAGUUCUCGCUGUAGCAACGCGGCAACAAGUGUGAGAGGACCACAGGAUCACGGCCAGUUCAGCUCUCGAUCAUGAGAUUGUUCCUGGCAGCAGCGAUCGCGAUAGUGGCGGCGGCGUGUGCACUCCUUCCGGCGAGGGCAGAACCUUCCUGCGACGAAGGACUAAGCGGAGUCCUUCGGGAGAUCAAGGACGUCAUCUCAGCCGGAAACAAGCGGUGCAGAGAUGCCGCUCGAGGUGGAAUGUUUGGGGAACACACUGAGCAAAUGUUGCAGGCCCUCAGGCAACAUGGCGAGGUGGUUGCAUCCCUGCAGACCCACACAGAUUCCCUGAACAAGGCGCUGGGAGCCGUGGCGGAGGUCCAGGCCGGCCAGAAGUUCAUAGUGGCUGCCCUCCAAGCCGAGAUGGAAUCCGAGAGGAUCGCCAGGACCCAACAGAGGCGCACCAUACAAGACCUACAGACCGAACUCAACAGACUGAAGGAGGAGAGCAAGGUGUGGGUGGACUAUCUUAACGCAAUGGAAACCGACAUCAAAGAGGAGAUCAGGAAGACCGAGAGCCUGGCGCAGGGGAUGGAAGUGGAGGUCCGAUCGACCGGCGAGAGGGUGGCGAGUCUGGGGAAGGUCAUCCGACGCGUGCAGAGCAGCAUGCAAGCACUCGAGAGGGUAGUGAACCGCCACACAAGGUCGCUCGUCACCAUCAGGAAGAACAAGGGUCAAGUGGAGGACUCGGAACCCGCCGAAGUCACCAUCAGACCCCAAAUUCUGUCAGAGAACUUCGACUGUCCUCACCCGUACACGAAGAUGGGCGUCGGAUGCUUCACCGUGCAUUCGGAUGUCAGGAAGACGUGGGCGGAAGCUCGGGACGACUGCAGGGACAUCGACGGUGAUCUGGCCAAUCCCUUCGACCUGUACGAUUUGGCGCUCUUUCUCGAUGAAACUUUCAGUGCCUCUGUCCAUUCGAAUCCAGGCCGCUGGGGAUUUUGGAUAGGCGCCCAGCUGGACGACUCGGACACGUGGAACUGGGUCACCGGCGUGCCUGUGCUCAUGCAGGUGGACUUCUGGGGCCGCGGAGAGCCUGGGGAUGCCCUGGACGACGACGAGCGCUGUAUGUUCCUGCAUAGCCUGUGGAGGUUCCGUGCAGGCGCCGACAGCUGCUCGCACAAGAAGUUCUUCGUUUGCGAAAGGAAGCUCAGUUAAGAUGGGAAUGACCACUUCGAUGCUCAGAUGGAUAUUGUUUUUUUAUUUAUUGGAUUCAUGGAUUUGUAAUUAAAGUAUUCCCCAUCUUUAUU